AUGGACUGUCAGUUCUAUCAGUUUCACUACAUUAAAGAGGAAAAGAACUGGACUGAAGCUCAGCAGUACUGCAGAGAGAAUCACACUGACCUGGUCACAGUGACUAACAUGAAGGACAUGGAGAGACUCAACAAGAUCUUACCUGUAGAUUGGAGAGGAGCCUGGAUUGGUCUGUAUGAUGCAACAAAUGGUACCAGAACAUGGUACUGGUCUCUGCCUGGAGUGGAGUUCAAUGAAAGUUACGUGCCUUGGAAAACAAAUGAGCCAGAUGACGGCGCUGGGUGGCAGAACUGUGGAAUCAUGUGGACGAGUCUGGAGUGGGGAGAUCUGGGCUGUUAUGGUCGUGCAUAUUUUCUCUGUUAUGAUGACAGUCAUUCAUCCAAGAAAUAUCACUUGAUUCAAGAAAAGAAAAACUGGACAGAAGCUCAGAGUUACUGCAGAGAGAAUCACACAGACCUGAUCAGUGGACUGGAGCAGCUACAGGAUGAAGAAGUGAAGAAAGAAAUUAGUUCUACUGAAUCCUACAUUUUUACUGGUCUGUUCAGAGACACCUGGAGGUGGUCAGAUAGAAGCAGUUUCUCCUUUAGACACUGGAAUCUGAAGUUUGACAAUCAUCAACCCAACAGUGGUCAAUGUGCCAUGAUUGAUGAUGAAGGCAGAUGGAGGAAUGAGAACUGUACUGAAAGAAAACCCUUCAUCUGUUAUGAUGAUAAAGUGAUCCUGAUCAAAGAAAACAAAACCUGGGAGGACGCCUUGACCUACUGCAGAGAUCAUCAUGAUGACCUGGUCAUCAUCACCAACAUGGAGGAACAGAGAUGGAUCCAGGAGAAAGUCAAGAACGCAUCGACUGGUUAUGUCUGGUUGGGUUUGCGCUUCCACUGCUUGAAGAACGUCUGGUUCUGGGUCUGUAAGAAGAGGACCAGCUAUAAGAACCCGACCUCAGCAGGAUUGAUGAACUGUAACACGUCUGGAGCCAUGCAGGCUGGAGGAGAACAUAGAUGGUUCCAAAGAAACGACACAGAGGAACUGAACUUCAUUUGUUCUAAGGUUUAAAGCUCUACAUCGUAACAU